UCUUUUGGACGACGGCAGAUUUGUGUGGGUGAAGAGGCAGGCGUCUAGGGGCGAGGAGCGGAGUCAGCUCGGUGCCCCCUGAAGGGGGAAGUGCCAGAGAGCUGCGACUUCAGUCCCCAACGCCUGGCUGCAGGGCCCACCGCGUGUGGCGCCGUCGCCUAAGGGGAGCGAACGACAGGGCGAACGACAGGGCGAACGACAGGGCGAACGACAGGGCGAACGACAGGGCGAACGACAGGGCGAACGACAGGGCGAACGACAGGUUGACGCGGGGAAUGAAUGAAAUUGAAUAAAGCUGCCACAAGUUACGAACAGAGAAACCGAAGAACAGAAAGAAGAAGAGGAAGCUAUCAAAGAAACUCCCCCCCCCCCAAGACACAG